CCAGAGCACAGUACUGUAGCUCUCUCAGUCAGCCUUCCUGCUUCUGGCCAUGGGCUGCCCUGGUUGCCUGCCUCUGCUUCUGACGGGAGCCUUCUUGGCAGGUUUUCAGCCAACCCUGACCGAGCCUGACGCAUUCCUGGUCUUCCCAGGCCAGGAAGCUGAGCUCAGCUGUACAAUCAAUUCGCAGCACGCCUCCAUUAGGGACUUUGGGGUAUCGUGGUAUCAGCAGCAGCCGGGAGGUGCUCCCCAUCUUCUCUACUACUGCGCAGAAGAGGAGCACUACCGACCCGCUGACAUCCCCGACAGAUUCUCAGCCACCGUGGAUGCGGCCCACAACGCCUGUGUGCUCACGAUCAGCCCCGUGCUACCGGAGGAUGACGCCGAUUACUUCUGUUCAGUAGCCCACACCUUUGAACCCUAGGGCUGGGUUGAAUGUCUUCUGUCUCCUAUGUCUGCCUCUGACCUUGGGCCUCCUCCUCUUUUUCUCUAAGUCUUGCUUUUCUUCUCCUGCGAAAUGAGUUAAUGUGAGACCGUGAGAUCCUGGGUUAAAAAAAAAAAAA